AUGGUUAGAUUCGAUAAUGAGACAUCCUCCUCUGCCUCCUCCUCCUCCUCCUCCUCCUCAUCAUCAUCAUCAUCAUCAUUGGAAUCAUCUUCUUCAGUUUCUCUAGGGAAAUAUGAUGUUUUCUUGAGUUUCAGAGGUGAGGAUACCCGCAGGAAUUUCACGGAUCAUCUUUAUGCUGCAUUCAAAAGGAGAGGAAUCACCACUUUUAGGGAUGACGAAAAGCUUAAGACAGCUUUCCAAGAUUAUUCAACAGAAAAACGACAAGGGACAUAUUGUCUCCCCAUUUUCUAUUAUGUGGAUCCGUCUGAUUUGAGAAAACAAACCGAAAAAGUUCUAGAAGCUUUUAUUAAGCAUGAAAAUAAUUUACAGGACAACAAAGAGAAGACACAAAGGUGGCGAUCUGCUUUAACUCAAGUAGCUAACAUCAAAGGAUGGCACUUGAGUAACAGGCAUGGAUCAGAACUUAUUGGAGAAAUCAUUGAAAAGGUAUCAACAAAAUUAUGUCAAACAUUUGCAAGUGCUCCUAAUGACAUGAUUGGAAUUGAAUCACGUUUGGAAGAGUUAAAUUGCAAAAUAGGCAUAGGGGAGGAAGAUGAUAGUGUUCGGAUUAUAGGGAAUUGUGGUAUGGGCGGGUUAGGUAAAACUGUUGAAGCCGUGGCCUGCAUUACAACAAAGAACCAACAGCAACAAAUUGGUCAAAAGACCAGCACCAGUAAAUUUUACAAGUUUAGCUGCUAUACUGUUUUGUAG